AUGUCCAUUUCAACCAGUUUGAACUCAGCUUCCAUUCAUUUGAGCAGCAUGGACACCCAUCCUCAGCUACACUCACUCACUCGUCAGCCACACUCGUCGUCAACAGCUAUGUCCAAGAACGAAGCCCAGGAAUCUUCGCCCUCUCUGCCAGCUUCCUCUUCAUCGUCGACUUCGGCAUCGGCAUCUGCGUCUUCCAAGAAUUCGAGCAAGAACCCUUCCUCUUGGGACCCUCAAGAUGAUCUGCUGCUACGUCAUUUAAAGGAGGUCAAGAAAAUGGGCUGGAAGGAUAUUUCGCAAUACUUCCCAAACAGGACUCCUAACGCGUGUCAGUUCAGAUGGAGAAGGUUGAAGUCUGGUAACUUGAAGUCGAACAAGACUGCUUUGAUCGACAUCAACACCUAUACGGGCCCACUCAAGAUCACCCACGGCGAUGAGACUGCCAACGCUCAGCAAAAGCCCAGCAAGAAGGUAGAAGAAAACGUAUUAACGGAAGAUACUGCUGAGUUCACUACAACGUCAUCCAUCCCGAUUCCCUCCAGAAAGACCUCGUUGCCUUCGUUUCACGCAUCGAUGUCAUUUUCUCAAUCUCCGUCCAAUGUGACUCCCACUACGAUUGUCUCAAACGCUGCUUCUUCCAUGCCGUUCGCUCCUCCCACGCUGCCGGCCGCACUCCCUCAUCAUCCUCAUCAACACCUACACCACCAUCCCCAUCAUAAGACUCUAAAGCCAAGGUCAAACUCUCACUCCUUCACCAAUUCUUUGAACCAAGACCCCAUCGUUCGGUCUAAUGAUGAGGAGAAGUAUGGAUUCAUUCCUAAAGUAUUCGUUAGAUCCAGAAGAAGUUCGUUUGCCUAUCCACAACAGGUAGCAAUAACCACUACUCCGUCUUCUCCAAACUCUUCGCAUGUCUUACUAAGCUCAAAGUCAAGAAGGGGCUCGCUUGCGAAUUGGUCCAGAAGAUCAUCGUUUAAUGUUUCAAGUAACAACACUUCAAGACGGUCUUCAAUGAUUCUUGCACCAAAUUCCGUGUCAAACAUAUUCAAUGUCAACAAUAGCGGCAGUAACACUGCUUCUACUUCUAAUACCAACUCAAGAAGGGAAUCUGUCAUCAAGAAGGAAUUUCAGCAAAGAUUAAACAACUUAAGUAACAGUGGAGGUCCUACCUCCAACAACGGGCCCAUUUUCCCCAACUCUUAUACCUUUAUGGAUCUCCCACAUUCUUCAUCGGUGUCAUCGUCAUCCACUUUGCAUAAGUCUAAACGAGGUUCGUUUUCUGGCCAUUCUAUGAAGUCAUCGUGUAAUCCGACUAAUCUAUGGUCAAAAGAUGAAGACGCUUUGCUAAUGGAAAACAAAAAGAGAAACCUAUCCGUUAUGGAACUAUCCAUUCUUUUGCCGCAGAGAACUGAGGUGGAAAUUCAAUGGAGAUUAAACGCCUUGUCAAGUGAUGCGGAUAUGUUGUCUCCUACACAUUCACCUCAAAAAACUCUGUCCAAGAAAACUUGUCCAAGAAUGUUCAAAAGUGGUUCUACCACUGAUGAUGACAAAGGUAGCGACAAAGAGGACGUUAUGGGUGAUGGUAGUAACGAUGAUGACGAAGAUAAUGUAGACCCGCUGCACCGUGCUAAACAAUCCAGUAACAAGACUGUCUUUUCAUCCAGCAGUUCCAACAUAUCCUCCAAAGACGUUUCACCGGAUCCGAUCUUUUCACCGGAUCCCGCAGAUGAUUCAUCGAAUACUUCUGAUGCUGGUUCUAGGUGCACCAUAACCUCCGAUACCAGCUCCUCGGCUGCAACCAUGAAUCGCACCCCUAAUUCCAAAAACCCGCAAGAUAUUGCUUUGUUAAACAACUUUCGUUCUGAAGCCAUUACUCCGAGACCGAAGCCUUCUUCCACAACUACAUCCAUCACUACCGAAACCACCAAUAACAUGAUAAACCACUCUAGUUCUACAACUACUACCACAAACAACAGUCCGCUGCCAAGCAUAAACACUAUCUUCAAGGAUAUGCUGUGA